CACCACCUGCCACAAUGAGAGAAACAGUUUACCAGUUGGACUUCAAAGUUGAGAGACACAGGUAGCAAACGCGCGUGGAGUUUCCAGCACUAGCGGGAGUGGUAAGAUGAAUCCCAAUCCGAACGACCGUCGUGACGACGGCCACGGCGCCCCCAGCGACGCCUUGAAAGCGCCAGUCGCGGGAGAAGGACUCGCAGCGGACGCGACGGCGAUCCGCGAAUGGCGCGAUCGGCAGAAACUGGUGGAAAUCGUCGCGAGAGACGGCCACCAUUGGCUUAAGUACGGCGAGAAGCCUCUCAUGCGAACCGGAAUCAUCAGGGCAUACUACCGCUGUGGAUUCACCAAUAAAGGGGCGGGGUGUCCCGCCAAGAAGACCAUCGACCGCAACCCCGACGCAGUGGUAACAGAAGAGAACGUGCAAGUGUCAUACAGCAACAACCACAACCACCAAAAAGAACAGCCACCACAGCCUGCGGAGCGCCCCGCAUCGAUCCCAAAGGCUGGGUCGGAGGCAGAGCGGCAGAGAAACCCUACCCUCAAGGGAGAGGCUUCAGCGGCUGGUGCACUUGCCGCAGCACCUGCUUCACCCUCUGCUGCUUCAAGCAGAAGUUCUGCUCGUGCUGCUGUGUCUGCUGCUGUCACCAACACUGCCGCUACUAGCGUUGCUGCCCGACCAACAAUCGACUCGUCAGCAGCCCGACAGCAGCGAGAAAGGUCAGAAUUGCAGCAAAGCAACACUGCGCGUGAUAGUAGUAGGGUUCAUGAGGUUAUUACACCCAAAGCAGCCCUGUCAAGCCGGCUUAUAGCCUCCGCACCCCUCUCCCCAUGCUCAGCCACCUCCGCACCUGCCUCAGCCCUGUCGGCUGGUGCUGUCCCAAUCUCAGGAGAGAUUCUAAGGGGCAGGACCAAUCCCUUCGGAUCUCACUUGGUUGUUCCCUCAUCCAGCAACUUACGCAAACGACCUUUCGAGAUUACUCAAUGUGGUGGUGCUGCUGCUGUUACUGCGGCUGCUGCCGCAGCUACUUGCGGUGGCGGUGCCAACUUCACUGCCUCUGCUGCUGCUGCUGCCGCUUCCGCUGCCGCAGCUGCUGCCACACAUACCCACUCCCCACUCACCGGACCCCCUCAAUCGACGCAUGGCCUUACCUCAUCCUUCUCUGCUUCUAGCAGCGGCAGCAGCAGGGGGAGGGGCACUGGUGAUGGUGGAAGGGAGAAGGCGUUUCCUGCCGUCCAGAGCAGCAGGAGCUUCUCUGUUGCCGUCAGAUCCGCCAAUACAGCCGCUCCUACAGUGCCUGACACAGCCCUUGCUACAGGCGCUCCGGCUCCUACUGCUCCUACUACAUCCCCUGCUACAGACGCUCUGGCUCCUGCUACAGCCCCUGCUACAGGCGCUCUGGAUCCUGCUACAGCCCCUUUUUCAGCCUCAGCAGCCACCGGUGCUUGGGGGCCUCGUGCUCUUUCGGAUGCUGGUAACAGUGCUCCCCCUGGUAACCAUGCUGCUGUUGCUGUUGUGGUUAACAGAUCGGCUAGUGUGGGGGACAUAGCUGUCGCCACUAGGAGUGGGCCUGCUGGUGGCACCGUAACGGUUACACUUCCCAGUGGUAACACCAGCAGCAGAUCAGCCUCGUACUCUUCCCCCGCCAGCGUCCAGACCAACACCGCUGGCUUGGACAAUGGCUUGGCUUUGCCGGACCAGGCUCGGCAGCAGAAGCUGCCACCGCAGCAGCAGCAGCAGCAGCAGCAGCAGCAGCCAGGGUCCUUGGAAUGGCAGGAGCAGAGCAAGUGUGGAAGAUUGGGACUGAGGCGGGUAUUUUCUGACGAUGGUUCCUGGCAAGUUCAGUCGUUCGGGGAGCAAGCAGUAGGAGAGCCGAUCAGCGAGGAGUGUCCGACUGUAGGGGCAGGGACGCUGGGGGUGGGAGAGGAGGGGGAGAGUGAGGGUGGGAGUGGGAGAGCAGAGAGAAGGUUCAUUAUUGGAGAGAGGAGGGGGAGAAGGCAGACUGAGGGGGCUAGAGGUGCCUUUGAGCGGUUUCAAAGGAGCGUGGCGGGGCUGCUGGUGGAAGAAGAGGUAGCUGCUGGGGCUGCAUCAGGGGCUGCAUCAGGGGCUGCAGCUGGUGCUGCUGCUAUGGCUGCAACGAAGGCUGCAGGGGAGGCUGCUGCUGGGGCUGGCUCGGAGCGGUUUCAAAGGAGCGUGGCUGGGCUGCUGGUUGAGGAAGAGGUAGUGGCCGUGGCUGCAGCAGGUGCGGCCGCAAUUGCAGGAGGGGCAGCAGGAGGAGAAGCAGGAGGAGGGGUAGCGGGAGGAGGCGGGGCAGAAGCUAUGGAGACGGGUAGUCCUGGCUCGUCCUGGGGCACUGGGUGCGGGAUGGCUGACUCAGAGGAGCAGCGACGCGGCAAGAGGAGCAGGGUGCAGAGCCCACGGCUUCCGGAUGUAGACAUUGGGAAGGGCGGUGAUGUGGGGGAUAAUUUGGGGGAUGAUGUGGGGGAGGAUUUGGCUCUGUCUGCGGCUCUGCUGCACCACCUGAACCUGCAGCAGGAGGGGCAUCAGGCGGGGCAGCAGGGGGGGUGGCGGCAGCAGCAGCAGCAGCAGCAGGGAUUCCAGCAGGAGAAGUGGGGAGGUGUGAUGCUUCCAAGCGUGGGCAUUGACGUCAGCAGCGAGUGGCUGGCUAAUGAGGAGCCGCCACGUGUCCCAACAGAAGCUAGAAUCCACCUGGAGGAGGUAUGGGCCUCAUGGGGGCAGCAAGAGGAAGAGGAGGGAUGGCCGGGAGUGCGAGAGGUAGUGGGAGUGCAGGGAAUGCUGUGUGAGUAUGCUAUGCAGGGAGUGGGAGAAACGAAGGGAGUGCAAGAUAUGCAGGGAGUGAGAGAAACGAAGGGGAUUGAGGAUAUGGUUAGAGUGCGAGAGACGAAAGGAGGGCAUGUCGUGCAUGGUGCACGAGGUGGGCUGAGAGCGCGUGGCCGGCAGGGAGCAGAGGGAAUAGAGGCACAUGGCAUGGAGGGAGUGAGGAAGGCAGAACAGGUGCGGGAGGUUCAAAGCACGUGGGAGACACAGGAGGUCCUAGAUCUGCAGGGGUGUGAGGAGAAUCAGGAAAAGGCGCAGAGGAUGCAGCCGAUGCAGCAGCCGAUGCAGCAGCAUGAAAUGGAGGGGCAAGCGUGCUCGGCCUGCAUGCAUGCCCAUCAUCCAGUGGGCCCCAUCUUGGACCCCAUAUCCAACCAGCUAGGGACCCUCCUUCAACAGGGCAUUCCUCUCCUACACGUCCCCCACCUCCCCUUCCUCCCAAAGCACUCCAGCCUGGCCCCCCUCUCUGCUGCGCCUGCCUCCCAGGCAGCCCACUGGCAAGCCAAUCCGCCGAUCAACUCUUAUCCCCUGAAUCCUCUUCCUGCCCUUACCCCUGGCGCUGCUGCUGCUGUUGCUGGUGCUGCUGCUGGUGGUGGUUUUGCAAGCAUAGAGUCUGGGACUGAGGGGUAUCCCCAAGAGUAUCCGAUGACUGGGCUGGCAGCCACCUCCCUUGCUCCUGCCUCCUCUGCUGCCGCUGCUGCCGCUCCCUCCUCCGCUGCCUCUGCUGCCGCUCCCUCCUCUGCUGCUUCUGCUGCCACUGCUGCCACCUCAUUCCAUCCGCCUGUCACUCUGCCCGCAUUUUCAGCAUCAGGAUUCGGAGAAGGAAAAUCGGGAAGCUCCCUCCCUACCGGUUUCCCUGCUGCAUGUGCUUAUAAUGCGCGUGAUCUUGUGGAGGUUGCUGCUGCUGGCGCGAACAUGGAAGAGGCUGAGAGCAGGAAGCCUCCUCCUUCAGGGCACUCCAUAGACGAUCUGGUUACCAUGUUACCAGGUGUCAUCCCAGAUAUUCGCUCAAAUGGGUUUCCGGACAUAAGCGUAGCCACAGCAGAGCCAGAGGAUCUGGACUUGGCACGUGUGAUUCUGAGGCAGAUCGAGCAGCAAGAGAGAAGCAUGGCGGGAGGAAAAGGAGGAGAGGGUGGCUCGGGAAGUGGCUUGGGAAUAGGUGCGGGGAGUGAGGCAGUCGUCGGCACGGCAGAGCAGCAGCACUUUCCAGCAGAGCAGAACCAGAGAAUGCAUGAUCGCCUGGACAGGAGCAGCAGCCCCCCAAAGGACCUCAGCUCGAGAAUCGCCGUGGCCGCGGCUCUGGCUAUAGCAAUUGCCUCUUCUAGACCGAACUCAACUUCUGGUAGCAGAGGAGAAGGGGAGGGAGGGACAGCUCAGAACCAAGCUGUCAUAACUGCUGCUGCUGCUGCUUCAGCUCGUCAAUCCAUUCGCGACGCGGCUGCUGCGCCUUCUUCUGUUUCUUAUCUGGCUGGUGGUGCUGCUGCAUCUGCAGUGGACUUAGCUUCGCUGGGUCAGGCAGGAGAGGAGUGUGGUAACAAGCAACACCAUGAUGUGUUUGCGUUGCUCGGAGGAGGGGAUACGGUGAGCAUUAGUGACUUCAUGCAAGACGGCCAUGACAGAUGAAUGCGGUGACAAAAGCAGUUUACUCUAUUUUCCAGACUUUGUCAUUAAAACAC